GGCGGUUGCAAGCUCUCUCGGCUCUCGAGUUGGUCGGAAAAUCCUUUUCUCGUCUGGUGGUUGGGAAGCUAAGGAGAUCGACUGGCGACCACACGAAUUAGCCACAGAUAAGGGCAUAACAUAUUGCCAAACUAGUCUAUGCGGUUAGCUAAAAGUUUCGCUCAAGUGUUGUUAAGUGCUGCAAAGUUGGCCGUGAUAGUUAAGUGCGCUCGUAACUGAAACUCGGCCUGCCUCCUCUGAAAGUUUUUUUCGGCCCUAACUCUUCACCACUCUCCUUCCGGCCUGUCAAAAUGUUUUGGCCCGAACUUUUCGUCCUGGCGGCCCCCAACAAUUGAAGUUUUGACAACAAAAUUUAGUUAAGCAAAGCUGCCGCCGCGGUUUCAUAUUCUUUUCCGGCUGAACUGCAGAGUGGAGUUUGAAGUAGAACAAAAAACGGGAAAACAGAGAUUGCCGUGCACUUUUUGCAGCAUUUCGAUCCUUGUUUGGUUAACUACGUGAACCGCCAGCAAAGUGAACAGAUUGAACGUGUGAUGUGAAUGCCCUGCCAUGGAUCUAAAGACUGGCUCACUCCUCGUAGCGCCCGCCGUGAAGAACUCCAGUUGCUCGCACCCGCGCUACUCGGGCCACAACUUCAUCGCCCACAUCGGGAUUGCCGAGACGAUCGAGGCGGUGCUCAUCCUGGUCCUGACACUGGGCGUCAUUGGGGCCAACUGCCUGGUCAUCUUCGUCAUCAACAACCGCCGCUAUGCGGCCUACAUCCACCAACAGCCCCGCUAUCUGCUCACCUCGCUGGCUCUGAAUGACCUGACAAUUGGUCUGUUAAUUACACCAUUCGGUCUAAUGCCGGCAUUGUUUCACUGCUGGCCGUACGGAGAGAUCUUCUGUCAGAUACAGGCCCUGCUGCGCGGCGCGCUUUCCCAGCAGAGCGCCGUCAUCCUGGUUUGCAUGGCCGUCGAUAGGUAUAUGUGUGCCCUGCAUCCGCGGCGCUACUACCAGCACUCCAGCAAGAAGGGUUGUGUGGCCAUACUGAGCUUAACCUGGAUUAUCAGCCUGACGGUGUUUGGCUUUCUGGUGCUGCCCAAAGGUUACUACUUCAACAAUACGGGUCUAAUGGCCUGCGAGCCCUUUUACAGCAAACCCUCGUAUAGGAUAUUGUCGACGUGCGCCCUCUACUUUCCCACGACGAUGGUGCUGAUGUAUUGCUACGGCUCCAGCUUCCACAUGAGCCGCUUCCGGCUGAACGAUCCGACCAUGCCCCUCACCGCGGCCGCCCACCACCCGCAUCACCACCCACCGCCCUCCGCCGCCCAGCAGCUUCAGAUGCAUCAGCAGCAUCAACACCACCAGCAGCAGCAGGCGGGGAUGCACUCGCACCUCUACCACGGACACUCGCACCACCCCAGCCACCCACAUCACCCGGGACACCCAGGACACCCCGCACACCAUCCGAGCCACCCCCACCACCAUUUGGGCCAUCUCAGCAUGGCCAUGAGCAUGGGACUGGCCGGCAUGCCGAACAUGACAAACAAGAUUACCAAAAAGAUUGUUCCCAUCCAGGAGAAGAACUCCAGCGGAUCCACCUCACGUUCGAUGGCUGCCAUUUCGCUGGGCUUCAUUGUGAUGGUCACUCCGUGGACGAUCCAGGAGAUAGUCACUGCCUGCACAGGAUCCAAGCUGCCGCCUUUCCUCGAUUUCCUGGUCACCUGGACGGCGCUGAGCAAUAGUCUGUGGAACCCCUUCAUGUACUGGCUGCUGAACUCCGAUUUCCGCCGACUGAGUCGCCAACUCAUGCCGAACAAAUGUUUCCCCCACGAGGAUACGCCCGAGCACAAAUCAGGCUGUUGUCACAUCAAUGCUAACGAUUUCGAAAUCACAACGCUUCCGAUUCCCCCGGAACCGCCAUCGUCCCGACCUCCUGGGGGUGGAGGUGGAGGUUCAUCCAGCGGAGGAGGAGGAGGUAAUGGGACUUCCACAACUGGUGGAGUGGCCAGUUCGAUUGGUGGCUCUGUCCUGGGCAUUUGCGCCCGCUCCAGGGCCAACAGUUUGAGUCGCAGUGCCUCCCAGUACAUCCGGGGCACUGGAUUGGGGAUGGGGAUCCACGGGGGCGGCCAUCAGGAGGCCUUCUCUACCACGCGACCCGACAUCGAGGGCCUCUCCGAGAAGUACUGGGGCGAGAUCCUGGAGAGAACCGUCAGCUCGGGCAAUCUGAGUGCCAUGCAGAAGAGCAGUCUGCCGCCCCACCUGCCCUACACGACCACCACCGCCCACCACCUGGUCCACCAGCUCCACCAGCCGCAGCAGCACCACCAGCAGCAUCAGCAGACCACCUCCUUCAGCAAGGCCAGCGAUCUCCAGCUGAAUCUGAACCUCAGCCAGGCAGCCACGGCCGCCGAGCUGGGCAAGUUCUCCAACUCGGAGCCCAAGCUGUGCGAGCACCUCUUCCACCACGAUGUCAACUGUGCCAAGAGCAAGGCGGCCGCCAUCGGAGGAGGAGCUCUGGACGGGGAACUGUCCUCGAGCAAGCUGACCUGCGGGCGCAGCAUUCCGGACAUCUAGUACGCCGAGGAUGUGAUCCUGGCCAAAAACCAACUGCUGGCCAGGCAGGCCAAGUGCUCGCACCAUCCGCUGCACCAGCAGGCCAGGAUUCGGGGUCAUCCGCACACGGGCAGUCUGCGAUUCGGUCGCAUUCGAGCCGCCUGCCACAGUCCGCCGCCGGAGAAGUCCGGCUUUCAGAUGGACGAGUACCGCAAGUAAGGUCUAACCACGCGAGGAUUACGAGGGAGUGAGAUCUUGAGCGAGUAUCUAUAAGAUUCCUUAGGUGUAUGUGCGUGUGAGUGUCUAUAUAAUAUCGCAUGAGCAAAGCAUAUAAUAUGUGUGUUGUCUUUUAGGCCUAAGAACUAGGAGAUCAUAGGGGCGAAAAUCGGGUUUUCAGUUUCACAGAAGACUAGAGCUUGAAAAAUAUCGAUGUUUUCGAUAUUUUCACAGUAUAGCUUCGAUAAUAUCGAUGUUUUUUAGGGGAAUAAUAAACGUCGAUAUUUUUAAAGAUCUACAGAAGUCACAUCAAGUCAGCAUAGGUUGUAAGAAGCAGAUUCCUUUGAUUUUAACUUUUUAAAAAUAUUUUUAAAUUGGCUUAUUAGGGUAAGAUUACCCAAUAAACAACUGUUUCAUCUUCAGGUACCAAAAAUUUAAUUUAUUUUAAAUCUGUGAAAGUGACAACCUGCAAAGACCCAAAAUAAAUUAUUUUCGGUUUGAGAAUUUCAUAGAUCUCAUUAGCUAGACUGUUCCUUUUUCUACUUUAAGCUUUUGCCUUCUGUAUAGCAUAGGAAAUCCCCUAUCUGGGAACGCCCCUCCAAUCGGAAUCAGCCAACAGUUAAGCAGACGUUAACCAUAGUAAGUGUUCAUUCAAUGUUUGUGAUACCCUGAGUUUCCCAACCAAAAUACACAUAUAUAUAUAGAUAAAUUAAUCGUAACUGUUGUGUGUGUGUUUGUGCAUUGGCUAAAUUAAAGGUAGAAUAUACUUGUACGGUAAAUGGUUUUGGCCAACUUGGUUGGCUCCCAAGAAUAUAAGAAGACAAAGAGAUAUCAGACUUUCCUCUCAACAUCCCGCUCGAAAUUUCCCCUCCCCCAUUCUUUACCACUUAAGGACUAAGGAUAUCUGAUAUUGGCGGACCUUAAAGCGUUGUGGUUAAUCAUAGUUCUAGUACCAUAGCUCUCGAGUCGUAUACCAAAUUACUCACUGUUCUACGAAUCAAAAUCAAAUCCUAACUUUGUGAUUGUCAAGAAUUUAAGUCGGUUGAUGUGAACAUUAUUGUUGAAUCAUUUUUAAUUUGUAGCUAAGUAAUGUAAUAGUUAAAGCCAAAUAAAUUUACAGUUUAAGUACGUCUAAUUUUAGUUAAUCAAAUCGCGAGAUGUGUAAUAAAAACAG